UUUCACUUUCUUUUUUACUAUUCUUCUUUGGAUCGACUUUUCUUUGCUUUUAGGCACCCAUUUUCUCUCCUAUAUUUCCUCCCUCUUUCUCUCUCAUUUUGGGUGUUUAGUCCAAAUUUGAUACUUUGAGUUUAAGGAAAAUGAUGGCAGGAGGAGGUUCAAACAGUAGUUUGAGGAAAUAUUUGGGAUCCAUUAAGGAUACUACUACAAUUAGCUUGGCUAAAGUUAACAGUGACUAUAAGGAGUUGGAUGUAGCAAUUGUUAGAGCAACCAAUCACGUCGAGCGACCCUCGAAAGAGAAGCACAUAAGAGCUAUAUUUGCAGCAGUUUCAGCUACGAGGCCUCGAGCUGAUGUUGCAUAUUGUAUACAUGCUCUCGCUAGGCGUUUAGCAAAGACGCAUAAUUGGGCGGUUGCUUUGAAAACUUUGAUUGUUAUUCAUCGUGCGCUGAGGGAAGUCGACCCAACAUUCCACGAGGAGCUUAUUAACUAUGAAAGAAGCAGGAGUCAUAUGCUCAAUAUGUCACAUUUCAAAGACGAUUCGAGUGCCAGUGCAUGGGAUUACUCUGCAUGGGUCCGUGCUUAUGCCUUAUUUUUGGAAGAAAAGUUGGAAUGUUUUCGUGUACUGAAAUAUGAUAUCGAGACAGAGCGUUCUAGAACAAAGGAUCUUGAUACCAUUGACUUGCUUGAGCAGUUACCUGCUUUGCAACAACUUCUUCACCGGGCUAUUGGUUGCCAGCCCGAAGGAGCAGCAGUUCAUAAUCAUGUCAUCCAAUUAGCACUUUCAAUGGUUGCUUCAGAAAGCAUUAGAAUCUAUAAUGCGAUCAGUGAUGGUACAGUUAAUCUUGUUGACAAGUUCUUUGAAAUGCAACGGAGUGAUGCUAUGAGGGCUCUUGAUAUUUAUCGUAGAGCAGGACAACAGGCUGAAAGACUGUCGGAGUUCUAUGAAGUAUGCAAGAGCCUUGAUAUUGGACGUGGAGAGAAAUUUAUUAAAAUUGAGCAGCCUCCUCCGUCGUUCUUACAAGCCAUGGAGGAGUAUGUGAAAGAAGCACCUAGAGGUUCAACUUUCCGCAAAGAACAGGUCAAGCAUGUGGUUGACGAAAAACCCGCAGUUGUCCUACAAAUAGAGGACAAGGAUGUUACUGAUGUAAAGGAGGACAGCCCACCAUCGCCUCCUCCUCCAGAACCAGUCAAGGAGGAAAAACCAGUAAUUGAAGUUCCUGAUUUGUUGAGUUUGGACGAUCCUAAGCCAAUUGCCUCAGAUUUGGAUGAGAAAAAUGCAUUGGCUCUUGCUAUUGUUCCAAUUGAUGAUUUUUCAACCGCUGCUCCAGCUCCCAAAUUAGAAAAUGGCGCAACAGGAUGGGAACUGGCACUUGUCACUGCACCAAGCUCAAAUGAGCCUGCUACGACUACCACCAAACUGGCUGGAGGAUUGGAUAAGCUAACAUUAGACAGCCUAUAUGACGAUGCAAUGAGAAGGACUAGCCAGACAACGAGCUACAAUCCAUGGGAGCCUGCUCCAUUAACGAACCCGAUGAUGCAGCAACCUAUGCACGACCCAUUUUUCGCCUCAAAUGUCAUGGCUGCACCACAUUCUGUUCAGAUGGCUGCAAUGGCCAAUCAUCAGCAAGCAUUCCUGUUGCAGCAACAGCAGCAGCAGAUGAUGAUGGCUGCACACCAACACCAGAUGAUGGCCGCGCAACAACACCAACAUCAGAUGAUGGCCCCACAACAACACCAACUGCCGCAGAUGAACCCUUUCGGCAACACUUAUGCCACCAACACGUAUGGUCCGGGCAUGCCUACUCAAACAUAUAACCCGUACACAGGAAUGUUAUGAGUUUCCGCAGAAGAUUAUUUGCUACGAUUCAGAAAGACAAAACAACAGACGGGUAUAUCGAGAUCUUGAAGCAGAGAAAGAAGUUUGUGUACCAUAUUUUGUGCAUGUUUAGGUAUAGAGAUAGCAGGUUUAUUGAUUGAUAAUCAUAGAGGAAAAUAUUUGAAAAUUUUAUUGAUCAUUCUUGGUGCAAAUCUAGCUUAAAUAAUUGAUUGUAAUUAUAUUUGUUCUGCUUUUUUGUUGAAUAUGUUGAGCAGUUACUUUGAGCCAUGUUUGGUACUUUGGCCGUGCUUAUGAACUUGAGAUUGAAUACCAAUUUGUACUGUAUUUUCUCUGCUUGUGA